CCCGCGCGCAGGCCCGCGGGGAGGGGCGGCCUGCCGCAGGGCCCACCCCGGGGCGUUACUGAAGGGCGCCCUCGGCCGCCCCCACCGCCCCCCAGAUGUACUAUGCGCUUUCCCAGGCGCGCGUGAACGCGGCCCCCGCGACCAUGCUGCGGCCACAGCGGCCCGGAGACGUGCAGCUCGGGGCCUCCCUGUACGAGCUGGUGGGCUACCGGCAGCCGCCUUCCUCCUCCUCCUCCUCCUCCUCCUCCUCCUCCUCCUCCUCCUCUUCCACAUCCUCCUCCUCCACGACGGCCCCCGUCCUCCCCAAGGCGGCGCGCGAGAAGCCGGAGGCGCCGGCCGAGCAGCUGGGGAGCGGAGCGGGGCCCGGCGCGCACGCGGGCGGCGGCUCCCGGGCGGACGCCAAAGAGGAGCAGCAACAGCAGCUGCGGCGCAAGAUCAACAGCCGCGAGCGGAAGCGCAUGCAGGACCUGAACCUGGCCAUGGACGCGCUGCGCGAGGUCAUCCUGCCCUACUCGGCGGCGCACUGCCAGGGCGCGCCUGGCCGCAAGCUUUCCAAGAUCGCCACGCUGCUGCUCGCCCGCAACUAUAUCCUGCUGCUGGGUAGCUCGCUGCAGGAGCUGCGCCGCGCGCUGGGCGAGGGCGCCGGGCCCGCGGCGCCGCGCCUGCUGCUGGCCGGCCUGCCCCUGCUGGCCGCCGCGCCCGGCUCGGUGCUGCUGGCGCCCGGCGCCGUGGGGCCUCCCGACGCGCUGCGCCCGGCCAAGUACCUGUCGCUGGCGCUGGACGAGCCGCCGUGCGGCCAGUUCGCGCUCCCCGGCGGCGGCGCGGGCGGCGGCGCGGCCGGCCCGGGCCUCUGCACCUGCGCGGUCUGCAAGUUCCCGCACCUCGUCCCCGCCGGCCUGGGCCUGGCCGCCGUGCAGGCACAGUUUUCCAAGUGA